ACUAGCCUCACUCAGUCAGUCCCAUGACUGCUGAAACUCUUCACUAAGAAAGACAUCACAUCCCAGACAGAGCACACCAUGGGCGUCCAGGGAUUGACCAGCUUUAUGGAGGAGAAUGGAAACAUUUUAAAAGAUGUUCACCUCAGAAACAGCAAGUUGAUCAUAGAUGGUAGUAAUCUGUUCAACUUGCUUUAUUUUAACUCACGUUUGGAUCAGAGUCAUGGAGGGGAUUAUGAUGCUUUUGAGGACCAGGUCUGCAAGUUCUUUAAGGCUCUGAGAGACUGCGACAUUGACCCCUUUGUGAUUGUUGAUGGGGGCUCCGACUACACCGACAAAAAGUUUGAAACAAAAAAAAAACGAGCUCUAUCAAGGAUCAACACUGCCAACAACUUGUCCAUGGGGCUUCAGGGGAGCGGUGGUAUAUUACCAACCCUCAUCAAACAUGUCUUCAAACAGGUCCUCUCCAGCCUGAAGGUACCGUACGCACAGUGCAUUUGUGAGGCAGACCAAGAAAUAGCUUCCCUGGCUCGAAGUUGGAACUGUCCAGUGCUGUCCAAUGACAGUGACUUUUAUAUCUUUGACAUCCAGGCAGGAUUUCUGCCUAUCUCCCAUUUUCACUGGCAGAGAGUGUCUAUGCAACGCGGGAGCUCUAUAAGAUACAUUCCCUGCAAGCAGUACACCACAACAAGCUUCUGCAGACACUUCAACAUCAACAGAAAGGUUCUCCCGGUCUUUGCCUCUGUGGCAGGAAAUGACUACAUCAAGUUGCAUAACAUGGGUGUUUCCCUCAGGUGGGAAGAAUACACGUCAAUGAAGGGAAGGUUUGCCCGCUUCGACGGCUUGCUGAAUUGGCUGACCCACUUCCAUGGGCAGAAGGAUGCCUUGGACUCUGUGCUCAGGCUCAUCAGUCAUAGUAACAACAGACAGAAAACAGGUGCUGUCCUCCAUGGCCUCUCCCUGGGCAUAGAAGAGUACCAUCUUCCCCCUAGUUGCCUGGAGCGGUUCUUCAACGAUGGAGUGGGACCAGGGCCCGGCCGUCUCCCAGAGCCUCUGAGGGUCCUUCCAGACUGGACCCUGCUGCCGUUGAUGGAAGGUAGACUUCCCUCCUGCAUGGUAGACGUGCUGCUGCUGGGAAGGAUGAUGCAGGGUGCCCAGGUGGAAGAUCCCAGCUUGCCAUGUGGGAACAACACCUCUCGGUCCAUACGACAGGUACUCUACGGGCUGCUGCUGGGUGGGAGGAGGGCAGACCACAGCAGUCAGAGACCCCCAGUUGAUGAAGUGGAGGAGUAUUACAGGGAAGGCAAGAGCCUGACCAGCAGCAUGGUUGAAGCCGUCCUGCCCAGUGCUGCAGAACAUAUACAGCUAGACACUCUGCAUCAAGCUCCAAGGUUAGUGCAGCUUAAGGUAUUUUUGGAGACACUUGGUGUGUCCCAGUCCACUUUGAGCGGUGUCCCACCUCAUCUGCGUCUUCCUGUGGCUGUCACCUGCUACUGGCUGAGGCAUGCCCAUCCCCCUCCAGAACUCCCUGUCCUGCAGGCCCUGCUACUAGGAUUGGUGUAUGGAGAGCUCUGCAGACAGAGAAAGAGCCAAAGAGGGUUUAUGGAGAGACCAGUGUUGGAGAGGCUGAGAGGGCUGAUUCAGAGAGGUAGAAGGAGCCUAGACCUGGGUGUGGCACACGCCUACAGCCAGUGGCAGUGCUGCCUGAAAGAAAGCCUUCACCUCAACCAACUGCUGUGCUUCCCUUUAGCCGAGCCUCAGUGUGCCUGGCUGUACAAAGGCACUCUGGUGCACCAGCUUGUGACCAAACUGAGAGGGGGGUUAACCCCGGAUUCUCUCCUGAUGGGAGGCCCUUGCUCUGGGCAGCUGUAUAGGCCCAUGCUGGGAGCCAUACUCAACUCCCAUGAUGCUGCUGUCAUCCCCUUGGUGUCUGGGCCGCAGAGGGCCACACCUCCAUCCUUGACACAGCCACUGGACGAUCUGACGGCCCAUCUACACAUUCUGGCUCUGGAAUAUGAUGAUGAUGAUGGUGCUGGAGGUGGGAGCAAGGCCAAGCCAGAGGACGAUCUGGGUUGGACUUUAGUCUCAGUGCGGACCCGGCACAAGAGCAAGGACAGAUUCAACCGAGCUCGGAAUCCAGAAUUCUCCCGGAAGCAGGGGCGGAUCGGCUGGGAGUAGGGAGGGACCAAUAUAUAACUGUUUAGAUAGAGACGUUCUGCUCAACUCUUUAAUGUUUUUAUUGUUCUUAUGUGUACUGUCGUAGCUGAAUCAGAAUUAGUUAGGUAACA